AUGGGCAUAUUCUUUCGCGAUCGCGAGGAGGACCUGGCGGACCCUGACUUGAGGGCGUCUCGUUAUUUUCUGUUUAAAAAUAAACAGACAAAGGAAAACAAGCUCAAGGUUGCGGAGAAAAAGUACGGUUACACUCUAGGUGAACUGCAUGCAUAUAAACACGUGAUGAUUCCCCCACGAAUGCCUGAACGCAUGGAACAGGCCAAGCCAGAGAUGGCGUAUGCCUAUGACCAGAUUCAGAAGCUCGUUGCGACUGAGGUUUACGAACAGCAAACAGAAAACCACUUCGCCACGAUGCCCCCGCAGACGGCUAGUAAAGGUUAUCCUCCCAUUGCCCCCAGCGCCACCGCUGCAUACGCCGCUUCUUCAAAUGCCAAGAGCCGCCUUCCUGAAGAAGGGGACGGUGCCAAUGGACCUAAUACGGUGGAUGAAUCCUGUAUCAAGUGCCUCGGCUAUUACUUGGCACUGGACAGAUGCGUUCGAGCGGUGUCCAAACAAGACGAAAAGAACCGAAUCUACAAACAUACGCGACUCCAUGCUUGCAAACCUCACUGGAUUUGGUUUAAUAGAUGCGUUUCUUACCGGGACCGGCAGUUGUUGAGGGAAAUCCACUCAUGGGAAGCGGAGCAUGUCUCUUCUUUGGGGCCUAAGCAGAGGGAGGAGUAUGUAGAGCGGCUUCUCGGGACGAAGAGGUACCUCGAAUACGCGGCGGCGCGUUCCCGUGAUGAAGUGGAUGUUGUGAGGCUGAAGAGGGAGGCGAGCCAUAUCAUAGCUCGACUAGACAAACUGAACAGAGGAAACUGUCUCGACGCGAGGCAGAGGGAAGACCUGGACGCUGCUUAG